AUGUCUCCCACAAGACCCGUCGCUGAGAGCAAAAUCUAUUCGUAUCAGGCGCUCCACACGAGAAAGCGACCUGUGACCUACUAUUACUCAGAACCAACCACCGAAGCUACAACGACAAGUACAACUUAUAAUCCCUUGACAACCACUGAAGCGUCUGCGACGAGUACCAGCAAUGAUCUAUUAAGAACAACACAAACAGAAGCUUCUACGACCACAAAUGAUCCGUCUACAAAAACAAGUAUAGUAGCUUCUACGAAGAGUACAACAACAAGCACUGAAGCUUCUAAGACGAGUGUAACUAAUGAUCCUUCCACAGAAACCACUGAAGCUUCUACGACAAGUAUAACUAAUGAUCCUUCAACAACAACAACACCCGAAGCUUCUACGACGAGUACCACCAAAUUUCCCUCUACAACAACAAACACCGAAGUAUCUACGACGGGAACAACUAAUGAUCUUUCAACAACAACCAAUGGUGUUUUUACGACGAGUACUACCAUUGGCCCCUCUACGGCAACAACAACUAAAGCUUCUACGACGAGUGCAACAAAGGAUCCUUCAACAACAACAACCUCCAAAAGUUCUACGACGAGUACCAGCAAUGAUCAAUCCGCAACAACAAUAACCACCACAAAUAAUGAUAACUCUACAACAACAAGCACCGAAACAUCUCCGACGACCACAACUAAUGAUCUUUCAACAACAAUCACUGAUUUUUCUACGGCGAGUAUCACGAAUGAUCCCAUUACAAAAACAUCCACUGGAGUUUCUACGACGAGUACCACCAAUGAUCCUUCAACAACAACAACCACCGAAGCAUCUACGACGAGUUCAUCCACAGAGUCCAACUCUGCCGUUGAUCGGGUGACCAUACAGAUCACGGGCUCGAACGGAAGAUCCCUGCGCUUUUCCCUUUCCGACCUGGCAUCGGAGGGAGUCACAUGCAAUGAUGUUUACACCCUGGAGGUGACGAGGGGAUCGACGGUGCUAUUUCAGUUUGCCGGUUGCGCGGGUGCGGACAGCACAUUCCCUACAACAGUCGGCAGUACAAUCUUAAGCGACUCAAACACAAACCCGAAGACCAAGCCUCCGUCCUACCUUUUCUAUCAUACAUCAACCAGCGUCAUCCAAACUCAUAACACUCGUUAAUAUACUCUCUAAGCUCUAUAACUGAAAUAUAAAUAUA